UAUAAAAAAAGUACUGAAGACAAACCCCCGCACAACUGCGAAAGCUCCAGAGACCGGAGCGUGUGCGGCGGCGGCGGCAACGGGAGCCGCCACCUCCGGGACCACCGCAGCGACAGGGGCUGCGGCGCGGGCGGGGCCGAGGGGCGGGAGUGGCCUGAGCGGGCGGCCGGGUCUGGGAAGGAGUAAAUCGCAGACAGUUGCCGGGAGCGCACUCGCAGCUCCCGAAAGUAUUGCCGCCUCGCGGUUCCUCGCUCGCUGCGCUCCUAGAAGGGGCGGCCGCCUCCAGGACUGACCAGGGCCAAGUGGCAUUCGGCGGGCACUUCAUGGCGGAAGGCGAGGGGUACUUUGCCAUGGCCGAGGAGGAGCUGGCCGUUGGCGCCUACAUCCCCCUGGGCGGCGACCUGAACGGCGGCGACCUCGGCGACAGUGGCGGCGACCUCGGCGGGCUCUGCUUGGACUAUUGCGACAGCCCCACGGCGCACUGCAACGUGCUCAACUGGGAGCAAGUGCAGCGGCUGGAUGGCAUCCUGAGCGAGACCAUCCCGAUCCACGGGCGCGGGAACUUCCCCACGCUCGAGCUGCAGCCCAGCCUGAUCGUGAAGGUGGUGCGGCGGCGCCUGGCCGACAAGCGCAUCGGCGUCCGCGACGUGCGCCUCAACGGCUCGGCCGCCAGCCACGUCCUGCACCAGGACAGCGGCCUGGGCUACAAGGACCUGGACCUCAUCUUCUGCGCGGACCUGCGCGGGGAAGAGGAGUUUCAGACUGUGAAGGACGUCGUGCUCGACUGCCUGUUGGACUUCUUACCCGAAGGGGUGAACAAGGAGAAGAUCACGCCGCUCACGCUCAAGGAAGCUUAUGUGCAGAAAAUGGUUAAAGUGUGCAAUGACUCCGACCGAUGGAGUCUAAUAUCUCUGUCAAACAACAGUGGCAAAAAUGUGGAACUGAAAUUUGUGGAUUCCCUCCGGAGGCAAUUUGAAUUUAGUGUAGAUUCUUUUCAAAUCAAAUUAGACUCUCUUCUUCUAUUUUACGAAUGUUCAGAGAAUCCAAUGACUGAGACAUUUCACCCCACGAUAAUUGGUGAGAGCGUCUAUGGCGAUUUCCAUGAAGCCUUUGAUCACCUUUGUAACAAGAUCAUUGCCACCAGGAACCCAGAGGAAAUCAGAGGGGGAGGCCUUCUUAAGUACUGCAACCUCUUAGUGAGGGGCUUUAGGCCUGCCUCUGAUGAGAUUAAGACCCUUCAGAGGUACAUGUGUUCCAGAUUUUUCAUCGACUUCUCAGACAUUGGAGAGCAGCAGAGAAAACUGGAAUCCUAUUUGCAGAACCACUUCGUGGGAUUGGAAGACCGCAAGUAUGACUAUCUCAUGACCCUUCAUGGAGUGGUGAAUGAGAGUACAGUGUGCCUGAUGGGACAUGAAAGAAGACAGACUUUAAACCUUAUCACAAUGCUGGCUAUCCGCGUGCUUGCUGACCAAAAUGUCAUCCCUAAUGUGGCUAAUGUCACUUGCUAUUACCAGCCGGCCCCUUAUGUAGCAGAUGCCAACUUUAGCAAUUACUAUAUUGCACAGGUCCAGCCAGUAUUCACAUGCCAGCAACAGACAUAUUCUACUUGGCUACCCUGCAAUUAAGAAUCACUUUAAAUGACCUGUGGGGAGGCCAUUUCAGACAAGAUAGGUAAUUUUAAAAAGAAGAAGAAAUGGCUGAGUUGAUCCAGCCUUGAUUAGGGAUGUGUUUUGUGCAAUGGUAACCUGCUCCUGGUUUUAAGCUUGGCAAAGCUUGUGGACCUUUGCAUAGGUAUGGGAGCAUGACCUCAAAAUGAUCCCACCUCCAAAACCCUCCCAUCUACAAUGAUUCUCCUAUCUGAUUGGCUUCUGUCUUGAAACAAAAGAGACCUGGUUUUAGAAGUAACCAGGUUCUCCAAAAAUAUGGAGGGAAAAUUGCUUGAUGACAAUAUGGGCUUGCAGUACCUGCUCCCAUAGCUUUGCCGUAAGAAAAAAAAAGAAAGUUGAGAGUUUCUUAUAAUCUGGAAUUCACGAAAGGGAAAAUACAGGGAAAAAAGAUCUCUUAUUAAUUUGGGAGUACAUGGUGACAAUACUGGAAGAAGGGAAACUCCAACAUUGCGGUCUAAGACUUGUAGCAAGUGCUUUCCGUGAAACUAUCCUAGUGUGUUAACAGAAAUGUCGUGCUCUGAAAGAACAGUAGUAAGUUGGUGCAGUUCUCAUAACAAAUAGCAGAACUUAUGAUGACACAGUCCAGUAUUUCCAGCUGCGUGCAUAGCUCACAUUUUUAAAAUGUGAAAAUGCAAACAAAAACAGCUGUAGCAAAGAAAGUAUGCUCAAGGACCAAAGAUUUAGCAGAUAAAAAUACCCAAGUAGAAGAGAUAGAGUAGAAUAUAUAAAGAGUUACUAUAUUUGUUACACACCAAUAUACAUCAAAAGUGCCUGUUGCCUUCUGAAAAUUUCAAGUGGAAAAUUUUAGGAUUUAGUGAUUUUAUUUUAUCAGGGACUCAAAAAGAAAAUAUAACAACACAUAAGCUUGUGAAUGGUGGAGGAAAUGCCCUAUUUUUUCUCAACAAACACCUGUAUAAA